GAGAAGUUCGCCGAGUGGGGUGAGGACCUGGAGGUGAACAUCGCCAAAGUGGAUGUCACGGAGCAGCCGGGACUAAGUGGAAGAUUUAUCAUAACAGCUCUUCCUACCAUCUAUCACUGUAAAGAUGGAGAGUUCAGGAGAUACCAGGGUGCAAGAACUAAAUCUGAUUUCAUAAACUUCAUCAGUGACCAGGAGUGGAAAUCUAUCGAACCGGUAUCAUCAUGGUUUGGUCCUUCCUCUUUCCUGAUGAGCAGUAUGUCAGCAUUGUUUCAGUUGUCAAUGUGGAUCAGGCACUGCCAUGGUUAUUUAACAGAAAGUAUUGGACUACCGGUCUGGGGCUCGUAUGCGCUUUUUGCAUUGGUGACUUUGUUUUCGGGACUGAUACUGGGACUUCUAAUGGUGUUUGUAGCAGACUGUAUCUGUCCGUCCAAAAGGCACAGACUGCCACAGCACCCUUACUCAAGAAAGCUAGCUCCAGAGUCAGCUCAGCUGCUGAAAAAGCUGGAUGAAGAGCAAGAAGCAGAUGAGGAAGAUAUCUCAGAUGAUGAAACGGAGGGUAAAGAGGUGUCCAACAGAAACUCAUCACCGAACGCUGUCAGGCAGCGCCCAGUGAACCCUGCUGCCACAGUGGAUAAGUCUUAG